AGGUCCUAUGACUCAUGGAAGUGGUCAUCAUAGAAAGCCAGGGUCCAUUGGUGCUUCUACCCAUAUAGGACGAGUUUUAAAAGGAAAAAAAAUGCCAGGUAAACAUGGAAACAAAUAUAGAACUAUGAUUAAUUUGAAAUUGCUAGGAUUAAAUUUAGAAAGAAAUGAAAUUCUAGUAAGUGGAUGUAUUCCAGGUAAUAGAAACUCUUAUGUUACCGUAACAGCAACGAGGGAUAAUAAAGUUAAUAAAUAUAAGUAUAUAUUGGAUAUGCUAUAUAAACAAGAGAAAAAUGUCAAAUAA